AUGGGGAUGCAGCGGCGCGCCCGCCCCUCGGCCGCUCGCGGUCGGAGCCGCCGCGCGGGGAGGGGCCGUGGGCGGGGCCUCGCGGCGGUCCCGCCCAUUGCGUGGCGCCCCGCCCACCCACCCGCGCAGCCCGCCCGCCGGCUCACGCCGCUGCCGCCGGGCCGCCCGGUUUCCAGCAGCUUCCAGCGGGGGAGCCCCCUCCCCACCCCGCGCGCUCGCGCGCCCGACAACCCCGCGGCCCAAUGGCGGCGCGGCGCCCCGACUCCCGCAGCCAAUCAGAGGGCGCCUGCCUCGGCCGCGCCCCUCCUCCGUGCUGGUGGUCGGAGCGGGAAGGGGGGGGGUACACCCGGGGAGAGGGGCCGAGGCUCGACCGCGACGGUCGCCCGAGGGCGAGCGCGAGCCGUGCUCGCCGGUGCGGGGAGGUGGGAAGGGGGGCGUGUGAAGGCGGCUCUGCCUCUGCCUCCCGCUCGCUUCCUUUCCCGGGAAUGGUGGGCGCCGUCCCCACCCCUCCCCUCCCGGGCGGACAACAAAGGGGCUGGGGGUGGCGGCCAGACAAAGAGGGGAGAGGACUUGGAGGGAUGCAGGCGCUGGAGGAGGAAGUUGGGAACAACAACAACAAAAAAAAAAGCAGCUAGGGGGCUGGGAACUGCACGGCGACGCACCGCGGGGACACCUCCCACCCCUACCCCCCCCCCCAAAAAAAAAUGCCUUUGUCUCCCGUGCUGCCCAAAGUUGCGGAAAUCCGGGUGGGCCAGCCUCCCUCCCGGACCCGACGACGACGCCCGCUCGCACCGCGCCUCCAGCCGAGUGAGUGGGGAACGGGGUCGGACCUGGGCAGCCACCCAGGUGAAAGCCACCGCAGGAGCCAGCAGUCAAGGCCCCGCCUCCUCAGAGGAAAGGCUGCUCGCUGGAACUACGUAAGCACCAGAGACCUCAAUGGAUGAACAGGACUUGUCAAAGAAGAGCUAGGAAGAUCAUACAAUAUGGCUGACGGCGAGGCACCCUGAGGGGUAGAGAGAACUAACCAGCGUUAGCAGGGCCAGCUGUAACUAUCUCCCUGUCAUCUCUGCCCUGGAGGCUGUCCAGUGAGCAGCUAUCACAGCAUCCGGCUUGGGCAGUUUUCUCCUCUGCCAAUCUUUGCUGGUUGCCAGGAUUCCAAACCCCUGCAGGGAGAAGCUGUCUUGCUUAAGAAGAUUGUGACACUGGACCUGUCCCCCCAGCUCUACCCACGAGAGCUCUGCCUGGGAGGAAUAAUUUGGCAUGCUCCAGGAAGGCCACCCAUGGCCAAGCCAACUUCCUACUACUUCUCACUGGGGCUUGGAAUUCUGUCACUAAAAGUAUAAGUUCACUCCUUGGCACUCACUUGCUUUUCUGAAGAGCUCAGGGUGUUGUGGGAAGACACAAUCAGAUCAACAGUCAGAGAGCAGAGUCCUGAGGGGCUGAAGAGAUGGGCUGAUGAUGGAAGAACGCUGGGACAGGAGGUUCCACUCGAACCUCCCUGGGAACAAAGGCCAGGGAAGAACCCAGUUAACGUGGGACACCACGGGCUCAGAAGGACAGCAUCUGGACCGGCCCCUUCCUCUCCCACCUGUUUCCCAUGUACAGGUAUUUAUUGUUUAUUGAGAUUCUGAAGGACCCAGGGCUUUGUACAUAACAGGUAAGCACUCUACCACUGAGCAACAUCCUCACCCCUGUCCCUUU